UUUUGAUAGGGACUACAAACCACCUCUACAAGGAAAACCGUCUGGAUAAGGGCAGUUGCUAAAUGCUGUAAAUGUAAUAAAAAUAAGCUAUUUAAACUCGACAGUAUAUUCCAUAUAUAAAAGUGCAGUAAUUCUUGCAAAUUAUAUUAAUUGAAGUCGAUCAAGUCUAGGUUAAUAUUAGACUUCUUAUGCAUAGAUUUACACACAAUCAGGAGCAUGAACAGAAUGAAAAGAAUGAAAAAUUUUAUAGGAUUUUCACAAAUACCAAAUCUGUCAUUGUCUUGCAGUUUCUGGAGAAAAGCAUUGUGGGGGAAAUCAUACAAUGCACUAGAACAAGCCUAUGGGGUGAACGCCAUUCUCAGAAAUGGGCAUAAAAGAACCAUGUACCAGGAGCUCUUGCAUUUGUAUUUCCUGGCCUGCUGGUAUGCAUUUCUCAGAUAGGGAGUCAUUCCUGGGAGCCAAACUCAAAAGGUGACCUAGAUGAGGGUGCCAAAACUUUGUCCAUUUGGGACAGCAGAUCUGCUCAGGGAAGAAGAUGCAAAGGUAUAUCAAACACUAGUGAAAGCAGUAGUGGAACCGAGGUCUUCAUUGACAUUUCGGGGCCACUAACAGGACUUUGUGGCCGCUUUCUUGAUCAGUGGUAUUGGAGAGAAAGCAUAAUAAAGAAUUAAUUUAUUAAUUCAACCAUACAUCAAUUUUCCAUGCCGCUUAUCCUACACAUGGUUGCUGGGGAUCCUGGAGUCUGUCCCAAGGCGGGGGACACUGUGGAAGGGGUACCAACCCAUCACAGUUGCAUAUUCAUUCACACACCCUGCACACUUUUGGAAAUGCCUAUUAGCCUACAACACAUGUCUUUGGACUGAGGGAGGAAACUGGAGUACCCAGAGGAAACCCCCAAGGCACAUGGGUGCAAGCUCCACACACACAGAACUGGUAGGGAGAACUUGAGGGGCAGGCGGACUACCCUCAGUUCCAGCUUCAUGAUGCACUCUUAUACCAGGUGGCCACACACCGCCUGUAAUAGAAGCAUCUAUGAUGACUAACACCUGCCAGUGGGUCAAUACUCCCAUACAAGGCAACAAAAGGCCACUUGCACACAUCUCAGUAACAUCUCAGUUGUGGUGCUAGAGAGAGGCUGAUGGACAGAACUUUGCCUUGGAAUAUCUGCCCAUGUUUCGACACAGAUGUUCACAUAAUGCUAACAAAAAAGUGUGGAAGUGCUCAAGAUCAAGGUUAAAGUCACCCAUGCUUCUUGUCUCUAUUUCUCUUGCUCUUUCUAUCUCCAAGUGAAAAGAAUCACUCAGCUCAUGGCUGUGAUGUGUGAUUGACUCUGUUUUGCAACAAAACAGAUCCUUUCACAUCUACAAAGAGAGAAAGAGCAUGGAUUAUCUGAUGAAAGCAUAAGUAGCACUGGAAAGAGCAUAGUCAAAAGGAGAAAUGCGAGAAAAAUUAUGAAGUAGAGAACUGAAAAUGUUUAAUGCUAGAGGGAAGACAGAAAAGGGAAAUGGUGAGCAGAGAGAAGUAAGAAGUCAUAGAACCGACUCUUGUGGCAAACCUUAAAAACAUCAAAGUAAUGAUCUGUCUAAGACCAGAUGCCAGAAAAACAGAUUUCAAUGUAUACCAGGCAACAGAAGCAUUGAAUACACCUUCAAUUAUACAGCUCUCCAUCUGCCUAUGAGAGCAUACUUUUUUAGUAAGACCUCCCUUGUACCCAAAGGAAACAAAGUCUUCCCGAAGGAGCUCUAUACACAGUGUGUUUCAGUGAUGAUUCAUCUAAAAUAGUACAUGCAUGGCACAGAGGAAAUAUUUUGCUGUCUCAUUACACAAUGACAUCCAUCCAUCCAUCUUCUAUACCGCUUUAUCCUUAUCAGGGUCACGGGGAACCUGGAGCUUAUCCCAGGGAGCAUCGGGCACAAGGCAGGGUACACCCUGGACAGGGUGCCAAUCCAUUGCAGGGCACACAAACACAUAUACACAUUCACACAACAACAAUGACAUUUAUCAUCAUUUUCAAAUCUCACUUAUUCACCUGCAUAAAGAGCUCCCAAUUGUACCUUUACACUUUAAAGAUUUAUGUAAUAGGUCUAAAAUGCUUAGUCAUCAUUUUGUUUUGUUCAGUUGGUUGAGCUAAUGAUAAUUAUUGUGAAUGUUUUCAACAAACAGCUUGGAUUGAACCAAGGACCUGUGCUGGAGCUGUUCAUAGCACAAUGCCUGGGAGAUUGGCAAGCUCUCCACCAAUCUGGUUUAUGUCAAUCAUCCAGUGUUGCUGGCAUAGUUCACACUGCCGGGAGCAUGUAAAGCAACCCUGUGAAGUCUGCACUAUGUACCUGGGCAGCUCUUUGGGCUCUUUGUGGUCAAUGAAGCCCUAGAGAGGUGAGUUCAGGGUUUGGAAUCAAGUCAACAGAACAAAGCCAAGUGGAACCAAUACGUUACUAAACUGAACCAAUACUUUGAUGUCCUCUUAACUUCCACAGGCCUCAUCAGAGCCUCAACAAAUGGUUGGAUGCCCCAGAUCCACCCUGUGGGUCAAUCCCCAAGUGGUGCUCCUCCACCUUCAGAAAAUCCCACAGAACCCACCAAUGAAUAAUAUGGUCACAGCCAAAAGCAUUGCUUAUUGGACAGCAAACACAUUUGAUCAUUGGAUCUCUGUAACCAUGUCACAGGGGUACUCCAAUUCUGCCAGUGGCCCCCAAACUUCUUGAGAAUUAAAGACUCACCAAUUUCAUACCCCAAAAAUGUCUUUUGGUUCCUUCAUGGAAAGAGGCACAAUAUGAUACGUAGACCAUAUCUUUCAGAACAAAGGGAUUCUUCUCAAUGUAUUUUCUUGUUCAGGGAAAGGACGGCAGCUUCUGUCAUAUUCUGGAGUGGACUGAAAAGGUUCCUAAAAGUCCUCUUUUGCAUACUAAAGUUUUUGGACAUUGUUCUUGCUGUGCAGCCGUGAGACUGGUUCACAUCAGUGGAUCUGCAUGAUUCAUUGUUCCCUUUGACCUAGAACACAGGUGCAUAUUGUGGAGUCACCAUCCUGGUGCAGGCAUACCAAUCCAACUUUCUGCCCUUUGGACUAUGUUUAGCCCCGCAGGUGUUUUCAAGAUGCACAUAGGCUACCUUGUCACCAUUGAUGGCCAGAUGUGACAGGUUCCUCCUGUAUUUGGACAUCUGGCUCUUGUGUGCCUCUACUAGAGAGAAGUCAAAGAUCAAUCUCAAGGUAAACUGAUACUGGUGCUGAUGAACUGAUCCUCUCCAUAUGAACGUGUACAGAAUGCUAAUCUGAAAUGGGUAUUAUUCAAGACAGCAUUUUCGCUUGAUCAUCUCAGCAAAAAAGUUUGGGAACAUGCCUUGGUAAUAAGCUUGCCCUGCAUGCACUGGUGGCCAGUUUCCAGAGUGACCUUUUAGUUGAAGGUCUUUGCAUUAUCAUUGGUGAUAUCCUGUGUUCAUACUACGGUUACUUCAAUAAGAAAUGUUUUAUAUUCAGACUCUGAGCCAUAUCAUAAGCCAACAUACAAAGGACUCUACAUUUUUCUUUUAGUAGUUUCCUUUUCUGUAUUACAAAACUAAUAGCUGUACUCUGUUCUUUUAAAAUCUUUCAACUGUAACUUUUGUAGGAUAUAUUUUUGUAUGUUUAAAAAAAAAUAUAUGGUUUGUAAUCCAGUUCAGAUUAAGUACCUGCCAAUUCUUUCCAUUCUAUGGAAGGAAAAUUGAAGUCCAGACACAAAGUAGAAGUGGCAGAGGAGCCAAGGUGCUGUUGCCUGACUGCAAAUAUUGGUCCUUGUAUAUACUAUCCAUGAGGCAUAUGUUAUUUUAUAGCAGUAAUUGGUAAUGUCUUUUGACAAAAAGUUUCCCACACUGUUAGUGCUCUUGUUGAUUUAAAAGCAAACAGUGGCUGAACAUUAAGUGAUAAACAAACAGCCAUGUUAUUUUAAUGUUAACCAUUAUGUAUUUGAAAUCCACACUUUACUGACUGAAAGAUUCAUUUGUAAACCUCUUGUCAGUCAUACAUCAACAAGUCUUGAGUUAUAGGUGCAGGGAUCAGAGAGCAGUGUGCACGGACCCUUAAGACCCAUUCUUCACAAACUGAGCAUGUGGAGUCAAAUGUCAUGUGUUGCAUUUCAGUUCACACUGGAGGUACGUCAGUGAAACGUCAAUUCCAGCUCAUGAUUGACACUGCUCUUAUUUUAUUACUUAUUACUUAUUUUCACUUGCCUGUGUGAGUGAAGCAUAAAACUCACUAGAAACCCAUUGUAAUCACAAAACUACACAUUUAAAUCCUACACUUUAUUUAGAAAAUCAUGAUCUAAAGAGGUCAUGAUUGUGCAAUCUGAGGAUGCUUAGCAAAGUGGUGGUGUUUUUUUUAUUGCUAUGUUACUCAUUUUACACCAAUAUACCAUUUAUUUACUCUCCCAUUGUAUUAUGUCAUGCUUUUAUAUGAACAGUUUUGUAAUUCCGUCUAGCAGAAUAACAAAACGGACAGAGCAAAAGAGCAGUGUGACCUCUUUUUCUUCUUCUUUUUAGGUGCUUUACAUCCAGGCCAUUGUAUUAGCUCCAUAACUGAUAAUUGAUUGCUGGUUUUGCCAAAAACGGAUAAAACAUUAAAGUGUGCUGUUGCCUUUUCUGCUGCCAGUGGCUCAUACAGAGCCACUUUCAUAACCAGUGUGAAAGGACUGAGGACUUGGCGUGAUGCAUCCGGUGUGAAUUCAGGAUUACACUGAAUGCGUUAACCAUUACACUGCAUGCAUGUCAAGUGUAAUUUUUGCUUGAGUUCUAUUUCUGCCAUGGUUUCUAGAUAGAAUCACGCUAUGUUCUGCAUUGUAUGCCCAAUCAGUAUGUGAGCUAUAGUUCAGUCUAUGACUAGCACCUACUGUACUGUACCUCUGUACCCAGAGCUUGUUAGAAUUGCCUGUACCAAUAAUAAAAAAACAACUUAUUUUGCUCUUAAACAAACAAAACAUAGAGUUUAACCCACUAACCUUCAUCACUGUAAAUGUCUGUAGUCUCUUGCCUCAUUUUAGAGCACUGUUUGAUAAAAAACCAGGUCACUGUGCUUGCUUUGGAGAAGAUGAGGUCUUUGGCUCGAGCUUCAGUAUACUGUAUAGAGCAAGUUGUUAAGACCAGUGCAGGAGACCAAUUUUUCAUACUUAGACAUACACUCAUACACACACACUCUCACACACCCUCUUCUGAAUGAGUCAAAAUAAACCAAAUGCUUCUAUACACCCACAUGCAUGCACAUGCACAACAGUUAGGGAAAGUGUUUGUGUUGCUGUCUGGCAUGGUAUAGAAGAAUAAUCGAGGACAGGACUUCAAACUCUAAAUGUCACCUAGAGAUGGAGGAGGAAGGUUGGGAGUGGUUAUAUAGGAGGAACACUUCUGUAUGGAUGCUGUCAGCCACAGGUAGACAUGCCGAGGUGGGAUGCGCUUUUGUUUAAUAGGAGGAGGAGGAGGAUAAUAAGGAAGUGAAAGGUGGAUGACAGUAGUUUUGUUUGCUUGUCUGUGAAAUGCUCCUGGUCAAUGGGCUGCUAAAAAACCCAAAAGGAUAACUAUAGAUAUGUCAUACAGACAUGUCUACUCAAAGUAUUGGCACUGUUAAACUCUCUAUUAUAACCUGGGACACUGAGUGGUGUUAUUUUGUAGGAGAAGAUACCCUAACGCUUCCACCCAGCUCAUGGGAUAAAGGAUGACCGGGGAAAGAAAUGGGAGUCAUUCACUUCUGCCUAUCUACUUGAGUCCACUGAUGCCUGCAGGUCUCACACACACACGGUCAGUUAUUCACACAAAUUACCAUAAUGAAGCUUCAGCCUUAACACUGUAGAUAGGUGGUUCUCAGAGUGGGGUCCGUGAAGCAUAGCCAAGGGGAUCUGUGAUUGGUUUUUGUGUGUGUGUUAGAAAUCACAAUCCACCAUUAUCAAAGUUAAUACAUUUAUUAUUGAGCUCUCAUCCUUAUUACCCUAUUUGAUUGUUCCACUUUAAUUGAAUGGUUUUAAUCCAAACCUCAGUAACUCAAAAACAAAUAGACUUAUAAAUAACGUCAACUUGGACCUAAUACAUUAUCACUGGAAGGUUGGAAGGCUGUAAUUGAAAACGCUCUAGGGAUCCAAUAAAUAUACAGAAUAUUAUUGAACACAUAAUAAUGAGCCUAAUUUAAGUAGUUUGAUUAUGUUCCAAAAAUAAUUAUGCAUUAAAUUUGUUUUACAGUUAAAGGGUUCGCUGACUGCAAAAGGUUUGAGAACCCAUUCUGUAGAUGAAAUCACAACACACACACACACACAUUUUUCCUACUAUGCUUGUGAGGCCCUCUCAUUGACUCAUACUCACCGAACCUGGACAGUUGAAGAUUGAAAAAUGUUGUCUGGUAUUUUUCCAUUGUUCAAAUCUCAAGUUUCUUGAUCCUUUGUGUUAACCUGGAUGGUACCUGAUGUGUUCUACUGCUGCAGUGUAUCUACCUCAAGGUUUGAAAUGUUGUGCAUGCUGAGAUACUUUUCAGAUCACCACAGCUGUAAAGAGUGGUUAUUUGAGUUACCGUCAGCUCAAACAAGUAGGCCCAUUCUCCUCUAACCUCUUGUCAACAAGGCAUAUCUGUCCUCAGAACUCUUUCUCGCUGGUUGUUUUUUGUAUUGCGCACCAUUUUGUGUAAACUCUAGACCAUUGGUCACCAACUGUGCUCCUGGAGAUCUACCUUUCUGAAGACUUUAGCUCCAAGCAUAAUUGUGCCCAUCUGACCAGCAUCUAAUCAUUGCCUUAAGAAGUAUUUGAUCAACUAAAACAGGUGUGUUAGAUUUUGGUUGGAGAUUAAACCUGCAGGAAGGUAGAUCUUAAGGAAGAGGUCUGGUGACCACUGCUCUAGAGACUAUUGUGCAUGCAAAUCCCAAGAGAUCAGCAGUUUCUGAAAUACACAAAACCUGCCUGUGGCGUUAAGCAUGGUUAAAGUCAGUGAGAUUGCAUUUUCCACAAUUCUGAUGUUUGAUGUGAACUCAAGCUCUUGCAUGAUUGUAUGCCUUGCACUGCUGCAUCAUGAUUGGCUGCCUGGAUAUUUACAUGAAUGAGAAGGUGUCCAGGUGUUCCUAAUAAAAAGGUGGUCAGUGAGAGUAAUUAUCAAUGUUAUACCAUACCUAACCAUAUACAUACAUAUAUGUACAUAUAUCACCAAUACUAUUUUAGAUAAAAAACAGUCUUAAUGUUGCACUGUUGCUAAGUUUUCAUCAUAUCUUACAAAUAUCCAUGACUAGUUUAUAACCCGCUAGCAUCACCUUACCGUUAACCUUGUUUUACAUUUCACAUUUCUCUCAUCUUCUGCUGUUUUAAAGGCAAAUAUGUCGGUUGUUUCUCCACCUUUGAGUGCAAAUAAGGACUCGCUCGAGCUGUUCAUGGUACUGUUGGAAUUGGAGGCCGUGGAGAAACAGAUCCGCGACCUGCUCGACAAGCAGGCCCAGUUGCAGGAGCAAACAACCGUACUGGAAAUAUCUUGUGUUAUCACCUACAAAUCCAAGGUAAGCAUGCAGCGUGGUACUACCACUGCCAGCCCCCUACGCCAUGUGUUUCUCUGUGCAGGGACCGUGCACCCAGGACGUAUCCGACCCAGGUCUCCGUCACACAGUAGCGGAAGGCCAAACCCCAGGCGAGUACCCCCUCCGCCACCCCCUGUCUUCAAGAUCUCCACCAGGAACCGCUUCGCCCCUCUCCUACAAAUCAAAUCAAACGCCAUGAUCAUCGGAGACUCCAUUGUUCGUAACACCCAUGUUUCCUCAUCUAAAGGUAAGGGGCGCACACAUUGUUUCUCUGGUGCUCGUGUUGUUGAUGUCGCGGCGGCAGUACCCACGAUCCUGAUGAAAGGCGAGAGUAUCAGAGCUGUUGUGCUCCACGCCGGGGUGAAUGACAUCAGGCUGCGGCAGACGGAAGUCCUGAAGAGGGCCUUUGGCAGCCUGAUCGAGACGGUAUGCAGCAGAUCACCCUAUACAAAGAUCAUCAUCUCUAGACCUCUGCCCACAUACAGACAUGGAAUUGAAAGGUUCAAUAGACUUUUCGCUUUUAGUGAAUGGUUAAUAUCUUGAACAGAAUCUGCUCUUUGUUAAUAACUGGAAUCUGUUCUGGGAGUGUCCUAGGUUGUUCCAUGCUGAUGGCCUGCACCUCAGCAGACUCAGAGCGGAACUCCUGUCAGACAACAUCUCCAAGAUGCUUCACACCAUGUGACUGCCUGCCGGCGAUCAAGCCUCCAUGGGAAACUGAGUGAAGAUUUUUUUUUUUUCAUCAGAAGAAGGAGAUACGGUGGAAGAAAAAAAAAAUAGGGGCGGUUUGACUGACACCUGCCCUCCAGCACUGGUGAAGGACGGGUAAUGGAGGAGUAAAGACAGGGUGUACAAGGGAAAAGGUGCUGCUGAAAGAAUGAAGACAACCAGAAAACAAGCACACCCUUUUAUUAACUUUCACUUAAAUUAAUAAAGCACAAUUUGUGAUCCCUCAACAUGCCUGACAGAAGACUUCUGCUACUAGUGUCCCUCUGCCUAUGGGAGGUGCUUGUAAGGGCAGAGCCAGUCACAAAGGUUGUGAGAAGGAGAGGACUGAGUCCGGUUCACUUGCAGUUGCAUGUGGUGAACAAUCAGUGGGACCAACCAAGUUUGGAGAAGAAUGGAUUGCCACUGGUUAGGCUCAAGGAGAUGAUUAGUGCUGACAAAGUGGACGAUAAGUUUGCAGGUCACUCAAAAGCUGAGCAGACCAAUGAAGCACUAUCAAUCUCAAACCAGGAAGAACUGCAUGACUUUAAUGCUAAAUAUCCUCAGCAGGACAACGAGGACUCCACGAAAAUGGACUCAAGGGUAUUUAAAGCAGUUGAUAGUACCAGAGAUCUACUUGAAACCCGAAGGAUUAAGAAUAACACUAAAAACACUGAAAUCCUGAAACGUGGAAGAGUUGAUAAGGGAAUUCCAAUUCACCACAAAAUAGACUCUAGUUUACACUUCAACAGAACCAGAUACAAAUCACCGCCGAGAUUUAGAGCAAGGCCAAGCCCUGGGAUUCUUAAUAAUGCCAUAGGUCCAAAGGGAAUGAUAUUGGAUUCGCCCCGUAAAUUAAACCUGACAGGAAACUUUGGUGUAUUGAAGCUUAUUUCUAAGGACAACCUUGUGCGGAUUGUAAAUUCCCAACUCCAGAAUGGUCUGACCUUCCAGAAUAAGAUUAGUCACAGUAGGAAGAGAGAUUUGAUCAAUAUAGAUCAUGGGCAACUGGAGGAGCCCAAAAUAAAGAGACAAGACAGUUCUGUAACUCCAGAUGUAUAUGAAUCUGAUAAUCAUAACAAGACUUCAAGACCAGCUGGUGAGCCACAGUCAAGCACCAUAACGAAUCCAAAUGUCAGUCCAGUUCAUAUUUUUAAGUGGCCAGUUAGUGAUCUCAAUCCAAAUUCAAAAGAUGAAGAUAAGGAGACAGCGGCUGAGUCUAUACCUGCUGUGAAAAGCAAACACCACUUAACCCAUGUUGUAUCAACACCUCAAAGUGAACUCAUGGCUGACCUCGAGGCCAUUCCUUUUACUAGUCAUACCAAUAUGUCUGUGAUUGUGCAUGAAGGAACAUCACAUGCACCUUCUCAGGCAGUCUCAGAUAAGAGCUACUUUCUCGACUCACAAACUGAGAUUACUCUUAAUGCCAAAGAGGAAUCCGGUCAAAACAUGGAUGCUCCAGGAAUGGAUUUUAAUGUCACUCAGGAACCUUCAGACUUUGUCGAAGACAGUCACAUUCUGAAACUGCGCCCAAAUCCAGAUGGUGAAGACAUGGACAAGGAGGAUAUUUGGGAACCAUCGGUCACCUGGCCUCUGCAUGGUGGCCAUGGUCUCGUGUUCCAGGAGAUGGAAGAGGAUGGAGGUGAAGGGUGGAGUCCGAAGGAAAGUGAUGGGUCUCGAUCACGAAGCAGACGGAGUUGGAUCUGGAACCAGUUUUUUGUUAUCGAGGAGUACGCUGGUCCUGAACCUGUUCUCAUUGGAAGGCUUCACACUGACAUGGACAGAGGUGAUGGGCGCACCAAGUACGUGCUCCGAGGCGAAGGGGCAGGGUCAGUGUUUGUGAUUGAUGAAAAGACAGGCAACAUCCAUGUGACAAAGCCCUUGGACAGGGAGGAGAAGGACGAGUACCGGCUUAUCGCCACAGCAACAGACAGCCAGACAGAGCGUGCCCUGGAGCCCUCUUCCCAGUUCAUCAUCAGGGUGCAGGACAUCAACGACAACCCGCCUGUGUUCGAAGACAGGCCGUACAGCGCUACUGUCUCUGAGAUGGCCAACAUAGGCACAUCCAUUGUUCAGGUAACAGCGACUGAUGCUGAUGACCCCACCUAUGGGAACAGUGCUCGUCUGGUCUACACUCUGGUGCAAGGCCAGCCUCAUUUCUCUGUGGACCCACAGACAGGAAUCUUGCGCACAGCAGUCCCUGAUUUGGACAGAGAAACUCAGGACCAGUACCUCAUAAUCCUCCAGGCUAAAGACAUGGGUGGCCAUCUUGGAGGGCUUUCUGGAACCACAACAGUUACUGUGAAGCUGACAGACGUCAAUGACAAUCCGCCUCAUUUUACUCAGAGCUCCUGGUUGUUCUCUGUGUCGGAGUUGGCGGCACCAGGGGCGGAGGUGGGCCGGAUCUCAGCAACAGACGCUGACCUGGGAGAGAACGCCAAGCUGGAAUAUACCAUCCUGGAGGGGGAAUCAGGAGACACUUUCAGCAUUACUGGAGUAAACCAGGAGGCCAUCAUCACCCUCACUAAGGCUGUUGACUAUGAGAGUCGGAGCUCAUAUUCCUUCUCCGUGGAGGUGAUGAACCCAACUGUUGACCCACGGUUCCUGCGCCGUGGCCCCUUUAAGGAUCGUGCCACCAUCCGAGUGGCUGUACUGGAUGCAGACGAACCGCCACGUUUCUCCCGGGCCCGGUACCAUAUGGAGGUGUCGGAGAACUGCCCUCCGGCAUGCACCGUUGGACGGGUUAGUGCCGUGGACCCAGACACAGGACUCAGCAGCAACAUCAGGUACUCCAUUGAUCCUCAGUCAGAUCCAGAGGUUUUGUUCCGCAUCACCCCAGACACUGGGCUUAUCACCACGACAACAGAGCUGGACCGUGAGCACGAGCAGUGGCACAAUAUCACCAUCAUCGCCACACAAAGAGAUAACCCCAGCCAGGUUUCCAGAGUGCUAGCUGCCAUAGAGACACUAGACUUGAAUGACAAUGCUCCGGAGCUGGACCGACAGUACACGACAGCCAUGUGUGACUCCACCUCCACUGGACAGGUGGUGCAGGUGUUGAGAGCAAUUGAUAGAGACGAGGGAGGGAAUGACAGCACAGUCUACUUCAACAUCCCUCCAGAGUCCAGUGCCGCACUCAACUUCAGCAUUCGAGAGAGCGGAGGUCCCACCGCAAGCCUGGUUCUAGUCUCGCCCUUACAGGCACUCUCCCGCUCUUCAACAUCCUCUCUGACACUCCAUGUUCCUCUGGUCCUCAGGGACGUAUCGUCGGGGCUGACUAGCACGGCAACAGUCACCGUGUCAGUGUGUCCCUGUCUGAGAGGAGGUGCACGAGCCGGGGAGAAAGAGAAGCAGAGUGAUGCGGAGUGGGAAAGGGAAACUGUGUGUCUACCCCAGCACUCCUCCCUGCCUUCUCCGGGUCUUAGCACAGCGGCCCUGCUGGCAAUUUUAGCAUGCGGGGCGACACUUUUAGCUGUCACUGCUUUAUCUCUGUCCCUGCGCAGACAAAAAAGGGACUCGCUUUCUCCACUAGAGGAAGACGACGUCAGGGAGAACAUCAUCACGUAUGAUGACGAAGGAGGCGGUGAAGCCGACACCGCUGCUUUUGACAUCACAGCACUCCAGAGCGCCCCCCACGGUGCUCGCAGGGGAUACCGAACCCUAGACAGUAGGAACAUACGCCUCUCUCAGCGUGGCCAGGAUAAAUCACGGACAUACAGCAGCUGGGCCCAAGCAGGAACUAUGGAAAGUGGGCAGUACCCCAGCCAGACUCCUCUAUAUGGUCGCUUGUGUUACAGCAGCCAGACCCUCCCUGUGCUACGGCGGUCACAGGGCCCAUAUGACCCUGGCCUGACGGAACUGGGAUAUCGCUUUUCUGGUGGGCAGCCGGAUCACUCCCUGGUAAUCCAUAACCAAGGUGCAAUGGUGGGGCCACUGGAACCAGGAGCUUUGUACAUGGGGCCCAGUGAGGUGGGAAAUAGCUCUAGAGAGGGAACUGCAUCUCAGGAUGGAGCCACUGCAUCUGAAGAAGGAACGCCACAGAAAAAUAAUACCAAGGAAGAUUCAGGCAGUGAUACCCAGCAGAGCCAGGAUUUUAAUUGGGUGCAGUCAGAUUCUGCUCCACGGGACCUGGUGCUGACUCGCUCAGGCUCGCUGGCCAGGCCCGGGGUUUCAGGUGGCUGGUUGUGUGAUUCAGCCACUCUGCCUAUGGCAGGGCGGCGCUCCUCACGUGCUGGGCUCUCACCAAAAAAGAGUGCAGCUGGCUCCACAGAUGGCACAGAUGGAGCAAACAAUGCCAUGCAAUCUGUCAGUCGCAAUUAUACCACUGUCCUGCAGGGGGAGCAGCAUAAGGACUACACAGGCACCUUGAGCCAAGGAGGAUUGGAGAUGGGAAGUAGUUUUGUGGUAGCAAGGCCAGAAGGGGGGAUUCCACUGUGCGUCCCGGAGAGCACAGGGUUUGUGGCUGACUGGCGGGAACGGGUGGGUGUGGGGGCUUACAGCCUGGGCAGGAGGGAUAUGAUGCCCCAACUGCUGCCCUACCCUGGGCAGGGUCGAGGCGCAUUUGGAGGGAUCCUGGGAUAUGGAGGAGCUUGGCCUACAGUGCCUGAAGCAGCAGGAAGAGGCAUGCAAGGAGGCGGUGGCCAGUCCCUGGCCUUGAGAGUCGGCGAGUUCCUGCGGCUACGCCUGGCACAGGUGACCUUUGAUCCAACGCAGCCUCCAUAUGACUCUGUGCAAGUGUAUGGCCUUGAAGGCACAGGGUCACGGGCUGGCUCGCUUAGCUCCCUGGAGAGCGAAGGAGAGAAGGAGGCCAACAAGGAUGAGUGGGGUGGUGGGCUGGAGGAGUGGGGCCCACGUUUCCACAAACUAGCCCAACUUUUCCAAGAAAGGGAGAAAGAGAUAGAGGAUGAAAAGGAGAGUGAGGCAGGGACACCCAGGAAACAAAAUGGUAAGGACAAACAGGAGAAAGAGGGGCUGUCAGGAGAUGAGAGGAAGGACAAAGACUGAGAGCUAGAGUCGGGGAUGGUGUAAGGGUAUGGGGGGGAUAAGUAAACAGCAACAAGUACUAGAGUAAUAGGUAAAGAAGGAAAAGGAGAGAGACAGAGAAAGAUAUAAAGGAAAAGUAAUUGGGACAGGCACACAAAACAAAUGUGAGCUAAAUAGAGAGGGAGAGAGGAAGCUGCGGAGUGAGUGAUUGAUGAAAUUUAAAGCAAUAUGUGUUAAAAAGCAGAACAUUGAGCACAGAAAGAGAGACAGAGAACGCUUUGUUUAUUUACCAUUCUCUAAGUGUUGCAGGCUGGACGUGGGGAAAAAAUCCCUAUAGUACCUUUUCUAUUCACAGAGAGAGAGAGAGAGAGCGAGAGAGCGAUAGAGAGAGUUUGUGUGUGUGUGUGUGUGUGUGUGUAUGAGAGAGAGAGAAAGAGUGACAGACUGACAGACUGCAGGUGACUUCAAUUAUGUUUUUGGGGCAAUGUCCAAGACAAAACAAAGUAGGCUAUCAUACCACGAAUGAUAAACACAAAAGAAUACAUAAAGGUGAGAGAUAUAGGUUUGUACAGGAAGUGCUGGAAUGAAUUAUUGUGAUCAUAGUGUUGGCAAAAUGUUAUCAUGAAAAUCGUGCACACAUGCGCAUUUUCAAAAAAAACAAACAAUUGUCUUACUUUUUUUUGAUGCCUUUUCAAUGCAAAACAUCUUGGCUUGGAUUUAAGAUGGGCUUUACUGCAUACACGUCAUGAAAUUUGCAAAACUGAAUAUCAACUGCCAUAUUAGAAACCUAAAGAAUGACUGACAUGCAUUUAAACGAGGCUACAGGUGUAAUGUUAUACAGUGUCAGUGUUCUUUUGCCGGAUCUGUGUAAACAAUAUUGGAAGUGCAAAAAUGUUAUGCUUCAUUUUCAUGUUUUCCACUUUUUAAUUGAUUACUAGCACUUUUUACUACAGCAGUGAUUUGCGGAUUAUUUACCAGAAGUAUUGACCAAUUCUGGAACAAUUACUGAAAUAAAUAUUCAGAGAAUUUAAUUGGCACAAUUACUCAAGAGAGAUCAGGAGCAGGAUGCAAAGUCUCAGCUGGAAUGCACUUUUAUAUGUGAAGCUCAAUAAUAGAUAUGACGAUACUGUUGUUGUUUUUCCAUAUAAAAAAAAAAAAAUCAGUAUAAAUACUAUGACAUUGUAUGUAAAUAUAAAUAUUGAAAACCAUUGUUUAAAGUGAUUACUGAGUACUGAGUGAGUACUGUAAUAUUCAGAGUAACAACAUGAAGAGCUAGAGGAGAUAAAAGAUUAAAAUGUCAUGUUGGAUUACAGCACUGAGGAAUGAAAACACCUGCAGAGGAAUAAACUGAACCGAGUGGA